CGAAACGAGACUAAGUUGCUUUCCCAGGGAGCCCCAAAGAAACCAGCAACGUCGUUCGUCAUGUUUUCUAACGCUCACAGAGAGGAGGUGAAGGCUGCCAACCCUGGCCUCUCGUUCAUCGACGUGGGGAAGAAGCUCGGCGAGAUGUGGAGGGAGAUGGAUCCCACUGUGAGGAAGGAGUGGGAGGAUAGGGCCACAGCGGCCAAGGACGAGUAUCUGGAAGCGAAGAAGAUCUGGCUCGAGCAUCGUUCUGUUCAGAGUGGACUUUAUGGAGACUGA